UCAGGACAAACACUCACCUGACAGACUUGACUGCCACAGCAACAGGAGUUCUCGUGAAAGGAAAUGAUUACAACAAUGCAGCCCUAGGACUGUGCAAGUUAUGUUUGGCUGGAGGAGAAUUAAUAACUCAAAUAUUGUGAAAAUGAGCAUGUGAGACGCUGGACACAAUUUCCCCUUCUAAUUGGUUCAAUUUACAAAUACACCUGCUUGGUUAGCAUGUGCUUCUUUAACUAUGCGCACUUUUUUGUUGUCGUCCUUAAUGUCUAUUCUGCCUUAUCUAAGCUUAUCUACCUACUGGGUAUAUGGCACAUAACGGUUACCAUGUUUAUCUUCCACCCUAUCCUCCACCCUAGGUUCUGUUGCUGUCAUGCACAGGAAGUUGCUCUUCUGCUUUUUGAGUUUCUGUGGUUUCUGUCUAUGCUAGGGUGUCACACUCCUCUCUCCUUCCUCUAACACACAGCUUUGAGUUUUCACUUGACAGAGUAGUUUUUAGAGAAUAGUGACGCUUAGCUGGGUCUUGUGGAGCUGAACAGGCCCAUUACGGCCUUUUAUUCUCAACCAGGCACAGGCCUAUGAUAGGCAGACAUGACAACAAUCUACCUUCUUUUACCAACAAGCCUGUCUUCAGGACUAGGGCAGAUUUGGUAGAUCAGAGGUUUUUUGCUCCGAAGGCCCAAAGAUUUUGAUUUAGGUGUGUUUGUUUUACCAUUUGGAGUGAUCUCCUUUUGCCACCCUGUUUUGGAAUAGACUGAUUUCUUGGUAGAAAAAGGUUUGUACACAGCUUUCCUCCUGGAUUACCUCUGGAGAUUAGUGAUGGGGAAUGCGGCUGCUGGGGGCUUGGAGCAGGAGCCGGCUGAGGGACGAGAGUCCAGGAACUCAGUUGGUGCAGCUUCAGGAAUGAGUGAACCAACUCAUACCCUGCAGAAGAAGCAGCCAGCUCCCCCAAAACUGCCCAUGCCACCAGAGGAGGAGUUGGAGAAGCGCUUCAAUGUGGUGCUGAGCUACAUGAACUUACCUCCGGAUAAACUGAAGCUUCUGAGUCAGUACGACAAUGAAAAGAAGUGGGAAUUAGUCUGUGAUCAGGAGCGUUUUCAGGUGAAGAGCCCCCCCUCUACCUAUCUGGCUAAGAUCAGGAGCUUCUACCAGGAUCAAGGAGGGGUUUCUCGCAGGCUGAAGAAACGGAUACAGGAUGCCACCCAGGUCCUUAAAGAUUUGGAGAUAUCACUUCGCACGAAUCACAUUGGAUGGGCUCAAGAGUUUCUCGAUGACCAGAACAAAGGUUUGGAUGUUCUUGUGGAGUACCUGUCCCACGCACAGAGUGACACCUCGUUUGAUGUGGAGAGUGUUGAAAAUGGCGGCACCCUGUCAGACAGAGCAAAACCUGCAGAGAGGUCAAUGGAAGACUUGACUAAAAGCUCAAGCAGCUCACAGUCACACGGGAUGACCAGAGCUGCUCGAGCUCUGACUGUCAGAAUAAGCUCCACUCUCGGAAACAAGAUGCACAAAAAGUCCCAUUCUUCCUACCAGAGAGAUGAUAUUCACGUGUGCAUAAUGUGCCUUCGAGCCAUCAUGAACUACCAGUCUGGCUUCAACCUGGUGAUGACUCACCCUCGUUGUGUCAAUGAGAUUACCCUCAGUCUCAACAGCAGGAAUCCCAGGACCAAAGCUCUCGUGUUGGAGCUGCUGGCAGCAGUGUGUCUGGUCAGAGGAGGGCAUGACAUAAUUCUCUCUGCUUUUGACAAUUUCAAAGAGGUGAGCAGAGAAAGGAACCGCUUUGAGAAGUUGAUGGAGUACUUCAUAAAUGAUGACAGCAACAUUGACUUCAUGGUGGCCUGCAUGCAAUUCAUAAACAUUGUGGUCCAUUCAGUGGAGAACAUGAACUUCCGUGUUCAUCUGCAGUACGAGUUCACUCACCUGGGGCUGGAUAAAUAUCUAGAUGGUCUGAGGGUAACAGAGAGUGAGAAGCUGCAGGUGCAGAUCCAGGCCUAUCUGGACAAUGUGUUGGAUGUAGGAGCUCUGCUGGAGGACGCCGAGAACAGAGGAGGGGUGCUGGAGCACGUAGAAGAGCUGCAGGAGCACAACUCACAGCUGAACUGCCGACUUCAGGAGAGCGAGAAUCAGAGUGCAGAGAGGAUAUCCGAACUGGAGACUCAGCUCAUGCAGGCCACGAAGGAGACCGAGCUGCUCAAAGAAAGUCUGCGAGAGUCCUGUUCCCAGGUCAGCUCUUUGCAGCAGAGAGAGCGGGAGCGGGAGCUGGACAGGGAGCGGGAGAAAGACAGAGAGCGGCUGAGCACCUCUGCGCCUCAGACAUCCUCAGAGCUGGAGCAGAAGAUCCAGGAGCUGCAGGACAAAGGCCUCAUACGACUGGGACGCAGCGCCUCUGGAGGUCUGGACAUCCAGGUGGUGCCUGUGACGGUGGUCGAGUACAUCGAGACCCCAGCCUCUGCUGCCCCGCAUUCUGCGCCACCCUCUGACACUGCUGCCUCAUCAUCCAGUGGUCCUGCCUGUCCCCCUCCUCCUCCUCCGCCUCCUCCACCUCCUCCUGGUAGUCCUGGAGCUGCUGCUUCUCCUCCUCCACCUCCACCCCCACCACCGCCACCAGGAGCUCCCCCACCUCCUCUUGCUCCUGGUGGAGGUCCUCCACCACCUCCUCCUCCUCCACCUGGAAGUGGACCCCCACCUCCACCUCCCCCUCCUGGUUCUGGACCACCACCUCCACCCCCCCCUCCUGGUUCUGGACCACCACCUCCUCCUCCCCCAUUUGGUGGUGGACCCCCACCUCCUCCUGGAGCACCAAACACUCAGUCUGGGCUCAAGACAAAGAAGCCCAUCCAAACCAAGUACAGGAUGCCGCUGCUAAACUGGCAAGCCUUAAAACCAAACCAGGUGACAGGGACUGUCUUCAAUGAACUGGAUGAUGAGCAGGUCCUAGGGGAGCUGAACAUGGAGAUGUUUGAGGAACAGUUUAAGACUCGGGCACAGGGUAAUCCUGCAGACCUGUCCAAGGUCAAGAAGAAGACGCUCCAGAAAGCCCCCAGCAAGACCACCCUGAUUGACUCUAACAAGGCAAAGAAUCUGGCUAUCACUUUACGCAAGGGAGGAAUGGACCCCUCUAAAAUCUGCACUGCCAUUGAGGACUAUGACCAGCAGUCUUUGUCUGUAGACUUCCUGGAGUUACUCGAGCACUUCAUACCAUCAGAUUUUGAGAUGAAGCUGCUGCUGAACUAUGAGAAAGAUGGCCGGCCCCUCGACGAGCUGACUGACGAGGAUCGGUUCAUUUUACGUUUUGGGAAGAUCCCUCGUCUGAAGCAGCGGAUAAACACUCUCAUCUUCAUGGGCAACUUUCCAGAGACUGUCAAACGCCUGCAGCCGCAACUGAACUCAAUCAUUGCAGCCUCGAUGUCCAUUAAGUCAUCAGUAAAACUUAAAAAGAUCUUAGAGAUUGUUCUUGCCUUUGGAAACUACAUGAACAGCAGUAAGAGGGGUGCAGUAUACGGGUUUCGGCUGCAGAGUCUGGAUCUUCUAUUGGAGACCAAAUCAACUGAUCGCUCCCAGACAUUACUUCAUUUCAUCACCAACAUCAUCCAGGAAAAAUACCCCGACUUGUCCAACUUCCACACUGAGCUACACUUUGUAGACAAAGCAGCCCUUGUAUCACUGGAUGGCGUUCUUCAGGAUAUACGCUCAUUAGAGCGAGGGAUGGAAAUGACCAAAAAGGAAUUCCUGGUUCAGGAUGACAGUCCUGUGCUGAAGGAAUUCAUCAAAACCAACAGUGAGCAGCUGGAGUCGUUCAUCAAGGACAGCAAAACAGCGCAGGAGGCUUACUUCUCUGUGGUGGAGUAUUUCGGGGAAAACCCCAAAACCACGCAGCCUUCCAUGUUUUUCCCGCUUUUUGGACGCUUAAUAAAGGCCUAUAAGACUGCACAGCAGGAGCUUGAGCAGAAAAAGAAGAUGGAGAGUGAGAGCAAAGAAGAAAAGGAGACAGUGUCUCCGACCAAGCCGGGGCCACAAAAGGGGCCCAUGAUGCCUAAGAUGCCCCAGAUGGACCUGAUAGCAGAGCUGAAGAAGAGACAGGUGAAACCUCAGGUACGAGAAGGGAAAGACGGCGCCCUGGAGGACAUCAUCACAGAUUUAAGGAACACACCAUACAGGCGGACAGAUGUUCGACGGCCAGCACAGCGCCAAGAUACUUGAGCUUCUUCUGUUCAAAGAUUUUUUACAUAAUGAACUGGAAUCCAUUUUAAGCAUCCAGAUACAAACAACAGGGUUGAGACAUUAUGUAUUUACAUUUUUUAGAAAUGAGCAAUAAGCCAUUUGGCUAUGGAAGCCCUAAGAGGACAUUAACCCAUAGAUUUUAGUUUACUGAAUUUUUAAGUGAUUAUGAGUAAAUCUUUGCUGGUUUUAUCCUAUCUCCAUUUAUUUAUCUCUUUAUUUUAGUAUAACGAUGUUUGUGUCCAGAUGACUUGUUAAUGUUAGUCAUUUUCUCUAGAUCAUAUGAAACAGGAAGUUUUUUCACUGGUAGAGUCAUGAAUCUUACCACAAAACUUUUGAAUGAGAAAAGGAGAGGAUCAAUAUCAGUUUUGGAAAUUCUGCAAAAUCCAUUGUAAAGGAAGUUACUGUGUCUUAAACACACAGGGUAAACACUUCCUGUGACUAAAAACAAAUGUGAGUGGACAAGGAUUUUACAUUUUAUAAGACAAUACAACUAGCUGGGUGAACAGUGUUUCUGUGCAGUUUUUAAUUCCAUUUAAGCGCUGUUUUGACACCUUUUAUUCCACUCUGCCAAGAUUCAUUGCUCUACCAGUGUUUUAAGACUCUUCCUGUUCCAUGGCGAACAAAAAAGUGCCAAGACUACAUUUUUUAAUGUAUCUUGAGCUAAAUCUGACUUGAACCCACUGGCCGUUGUAAAAGGUUACAACAGUGACCACAAACUGUUUUCAUGUUCAUAUUACAUUUGUUAGAAAUUGUUACAAUUUUUACCUUCCGGCAAAUAUGAUAAAUCAUUGCAAAUGUCAUAGUUAUUAUAUUUGUGGGAAUUUUAUUAAGUUUGCAGUAGGAAACUUUGUGGGAAAUUUAUUAUGUUUGAGGUAUUAGUACGUUAAAAUCUGCAGAUUUGUAUUACAUUUGUGAUUUAUCACAUUUACAGGUGCAACAUGUUAUACAUUGCUUCUACUAUGCAGCACCUCCAUAUUUUCCAUCAGAAAUGUCAGUAAAUUUGAGAACAUUAUAGGUUUUGUUAAUCUUGUGCAAAUGCACAGCACCAAACACUGAUUUAAGGGAGUAAUUCACAAGUUUUAAGAGAUCCCUAGGAAACACUAAUUCCGUACAAAUAGUGCUUAUUAAAUAGAUAAGGAAAAGCAAGAAAACAACCAAAAUUACUUACAGUGGCCAGAAGGAAGAGAAUAAAAUGUAUGGAUUUAUGUCAACUUAGGGCCUCCAUAUUUGGCACUUGUGUAUUUUGUUUUUUUCCCAAAAAUUUUAAUGUGUAUUGCAUGUGUAAAUAAAUAUUAAAGUAGAAGUUACUGGAUAUUUUGUUCUAAAGAUCCAAUGAAUUUGAUUGCAAAUCUUACAAAAAACUAGCCAAUUUUUUUUGUCUCCUCAUUUCUUGUAUGCUGUAAGUUUGUAGUGUUUUUACAUAUCAAGUAACAAAUUAAACUGUGUUUUAAUAAA